UGUUCUCUCUCAGUCUGAGGGGGUUCAAAACAUGAGGUCAAAUUUCAUAGAAACAUAUUGGAUAGCGGUUUUGAUAUAAAAUAGGAGCAUGAUUGGAAGCCAAUAACACUGAUGAAAAUCGCCGAUACUGUACAGAGUAGGAACACAGUCAGGACGGUAUAUUUCUCUUUAAGAAUAAAGCGGGGGAUAACAUACACAUGACAUGAAUGUGAUUAGUGCUUCUAUGAAACAGGUUUUAAUCAAACAUAUGGCAAUGAAUGUAUAUAAAACUGCAUACGUUAUUCUGCUACUGUGUAUGUCGAUGACAAUCGUUUCAUCAAAUCUACUCGAGAGUGAUGCUUUCCCUGAUACUGACAGACAAGACAAUGGAAUGUUCCCUUAUUCUGACCAAGAUGGACAAUAUGAUAAUGGUUUGUCUUUGGAUGAUAUAUUUCAGCACAGAGUUGACGAUGAGACACAACUGUGUCCGAAGCAGUUUAUGUUGUUGUUUUUGAUAACGCGGGAUGCAAGAUAUUUGAAGGACUGUGGAUACGCUUUAGGUGUUGAUAAAAAUAGAACUGUCAACAACGGACCGAAGCCUUUGGUAGCUACGUCCUCGGGAAACAUUCUUAAAAGAAUUCUGGAUAAUAUGGACGCUGGGACAGCAAAAGUUGAUUUCAUGGAAGAUACGAAAGGAGAUGCGGAGAAAAGAGCACGGCUUUCUAUAAAUGGAGCGUUAAGCUCAUUAGUGGAAAUGCUACGUCACGAGUCUCGACGUCAUCAUAGAAGACCGCAGUACGCGUUCCACAGGGAAAUGCUACACAUGGGAUAAAAUAACCAGUGUCUACACAUGGGAUAAAAUAACUACAGUUUGAUACUUUGAACUUUUGAUAUAAUGGGAUGGUUUGGGAAACUGUAAUAAAAUUCUGAUUACGAUAUUAAAAUGAUACAGACACACACACCAUGCUUUGGAAAGAAACAUUGGAUAGAUCUACUUAUUAACAUUUUAAAUUGAAGUUCUUGCAACAAGUAGCUUAGAUCUAUUAAGUUUGGCAAUAUUUCAAUGAACUAGAUCUACAGACAAAUUGUAAAAAGUAAAAAGAAUGCACAGUGUAUGAAAUAAAAUUGUUAAGUUGCUAAAAAGAAAUGUUGUGAAAAAAAUUCCCUCGUUUGCCAUACUUCUGCUAAUAAUGUUAGAAAGGUUAGAAUAUGUUAACAUAGUCAGUUAAUACUGACGUUUAUCAGGACUUACUUUAUUGUACUUGACGAAUUUUCUAAUCUAUUUACAGGUUUUGUUAUAUAAUUAGCUUUAAAUUACAAGCACUGUCGGUUA